UGUGUGAGUACUCAAUAAUAGUAACUACACCACAGUAACCCAACAAUUUAAUCACGAUGAACAGAAAUGCGCCGGAAACCGCCGAGAAAGGCACAAUUGAAGCGGCCAAUUAUUCCAAACUGAUCACCAAGAAUUUGUGCCUUAGGGUGUUAUUGUUCUUGUUAUCACUAACAGCAGUGGUGAUCAUGGUCACUAGCAAGCAAACCAAGCUUGUCACCACUCCUAUGCUUCCCUACCCAGUCUCUAUUACAUCCAAAUAUACUGAUACCCCAGCUUUCAUAUACUUUGUGGUUGCGCUAUCACUUUCCCUCUCCUAUAGUUUCAUUACUGGUCUUGCCACCUUAUGGUACCUAAAGAAGCCUUGUUCAUCCAAAAGCCUACUUGAGUUCUACUUGGUCUUAAUUGCCAAUGAUGUAGUGAUGGUUGGGGUGGUGGCAGCAGCCAGUGGAGCAGGUGGUUUUGUUGGUUAUAUUUGGCUAAAGGGAAAUUCAAAAGUAGGAUGGAACAAGGUAUGCAAUAUAUAUGGCAGGUUCUGCAAGCAGAUUGGGACUUCAAUUUUCAUAUCCAUUGUCGUUUCCAUUCUUUUUGCUGUUCUUGUUGUGCUCUCGGCUUACUCAGUUCACCGACUGGCUCGCAAAGCUUCGAAUUAAGCUGCAACCAUUGCUAAUUCAAUUCCAGAUCUAUAUUUAGCUACCAAGUGUUCUUCAUCUUUAUCUUAAUUAGUUUGUGUUCAACUAUGAAAUUUUAAGAUUUUAUGCAGUCAUGCUACAGUGUAUCAUUUUUUGUUUUUUGGGUAAUUUGAGAUUGAUUCUGUUGAGAAAGGGAAUCUGUGUUAUGAUUUUAUCUUCAAUAUAAGUUGGUGGCCUAUAAGGUGAUCAGGAUGGGUUGAAAGCCAGCUAUGCAUAUUUAUGAAAAUAAAAGAGACAUAAGGAUGGGUUGAAAACCAGCUAUGCAUAUUUAAGGAUGGGUUGAAAACCAGCUAUGCGUGUUUAUGGAAGUAAAAGAGACAGGUAUUGGCAUUUGACAUGUAUGUGAAGAAUUGAACUUCUUUAUCAUUUUAUAAACUUUCUUUUAUUU